AUGUCCCUGUUAUGGGCAGCAAAUGCAGCACGAAGGAAAAAGGCUGUGUAUGUGGCAGGUUCGUCACGAUGGGUAGCCAAUGAAUUGAAUAAUCAGUUCAUGGAUUCAUUUCAUCUGAUUGAAGAAUUUUAUGAGAAUAUAAAUUCAGAUCAUGACAAUCUAACUAGUACAAUCAAUAAUAUAUACCUGGGAGCUUUUGACCUGGAUUCAAUCAGUUCAAUCAAAAGUCCCAUCAAAAAGAUAGUUCCAAAAUCCAGUAGCACUGCUAAUACACCAACAGCACCAACUAACAAUGAGGCCAAGCCAACAAAAUUGGAGUACCUGGAAUUGUCAUCUAUUCGAAAAAAUGAUAUUUCUGUCCUACUGCCAGUAAAUCAUUCCGUGGAAACACCAUCUAUAUCGAAUGUACUGGCCAAGCCUAAUGGCAUUGACGCCAAAGAAAAUGGACCUACGACUAAAUCCACCAACGACAACAGUAUUUAUGUUAGUGAUGGAAUUGAAGACUCGUUUCAAGCAAUUAGUAAAUCUAUAAGGAAAAGUAUCGCGGAACGCACCACAGGAGUAACUUUUGAUCAUAGGAGAGUUACUGGAAGCCCACCACCACCACCGACAGUAACAACUGAAAUGAAAACUAGCCAUACUUUAAAGACAACAACGAGUGUUGGUACAGCUAAAUCUGCUGAUCGUCUGACGUUAUCAAAACGAGGACGUAGCUCUAUGUUUGUUGCAUUGCCUCCUAGAGAGCCUAUUGUUAUUAAUUCGAGUUCGAGGUCCAGAAAAAGUACAUUAAAACCAAGAGCCACAGUGAAUCUACUCAAACCUGAAUCUGAACCUGAACCUGAACCUGAACCUGACUUGAAAGUAAAGCCCAAUUCCCCCAUCCAAAGAAACUCAAAUGCAACUACUAUGACCAACAAUGUGGAUCUAAUGGAUAAAUUUGCAAUCUCACCAGUUCAACUACCGACUACACGAAAAUUCUUCUACGAUACUCCACAACCUACGAGCAUUAUCAAUAAUUCCGUUCAUUUGAAAAUUGAUAAUAACGCAGAUAAAGAUGGUCAACAGGAGCACAUACAUAUUGUUAAAUCUGGUUCAUUAGAAGGAGAACUUCAGAAUACUCAACGACAAAAUACAAUAUCUCCUGCUGAGAAAAACUUAAAAACUACCCGCCAUAAUGUUGUACAAUCUGAAAAGUCCCCAAAUAACGAAGCAAUGGAUGUUGAUAAUCUUUGGGGUAAAAUAGGAAGAUACAGAUCACUUUCUCCUGUAAGAAAGCCACUGACAGGAGCGGUCAGUGCUACCAAAUCAGCGUCCACAAUGCAACCCCUAUCAAGAUCAAGGUCUAGAUCUAAAUCACCUACGAGAAGAGAAAGAACAAGGACUACAACCAAUUGGGGGUCUCCGACUCGCGGAAGAACUCUACAAAGAACGAGCCGGUCUCCAAGAAGAACAGCUAUCCUUGACGGAGAGCACGAAGUUGGACUUGUAAAUCGAUUAACUGCUCCUACAAGUUCUAGUGCUGCCAAAACAAAGCCUGUCAAUCGGAAAACCAUUGAAGGUAAGAAAGUUGAAAGAAAUAGAUUUUUGACUGCAACCUUGAUCCCCACUACCCAUGAGAAAAGUGGAGGUGUAUCAAAAUCAAAAGAUGGUUCUCCCACAAAACCUAGAAUUGAAUCACAUAAAUUUCCAAAGUUUGAACCAGGCGAUAUUCCUAAAUUGAAACUACCAGUAUCUGAGAAACGAAAUGAAACGACCAAAACAAAGUUUAUAAUAAAACCAUUAAACCGUAAAUCCGAGCUGGCGAAAGUUAAAGCACAUAUUCAAGCACAAACGGAAAAUGAAAUAAUUAACUCAAACAAUGGUAACAAACAUCAACAAGAAGGAACUGAAUCUGCUGCAGUACAUGCAGAAGAUCUUAGAGCUGAUAAACGUAUCAAAAGAGUCAAGACAGGAAAUGGUAUUGCAUUACCGGAUGCCGCCAGAAGAGUAUUGAAUAAGGAUAAUGCAAGCAAGAAACAUAUACAAGCAACACAUGUAACUCCUACUAGACCUACUUCUAAGAAAUAUCCAGACAUUUUGCCAGCAACACCAACUCAAAUAACACCUGGAAGUCUUCCGACAAUUUUAUCUGAUGAUGAUUUGGCUGUUUCAAAUAAAAAUGUGCUCCAAUCUUGGGCACAGACUCCGGUGCUUCGUCGAACAAUAAUGAACAGUAGAAGUGUUGAUCCAACAACUGUAUUUAGGAGUCACCCCAAGAUUGAUUUGAAGGAAACUUUUCAAAAUGAAGAAUCUGUUCAACGUGGCCAGCAGUCGCCAUUUCCCACCCCAAAUCCAAAGCAACGUGAGAAGGAAGCCAAAAGGUACACUCAACAAAUGGGCUAUAUUUCCUAG